GUUUACUCGAGAGAGAAAGCGAGAAAGAAAGGGUGGAAGAGAACGAGACACAAAGCUAGAUAUUGGGCUUUGCUGUUGAGGUGCCCGUCGUUAAAGCACCCGGAGCCAGUGUGCGCGAGGCCCGCCGGGGGCGCAUGGAGUUGUCGCCCGCCGAGCCCUUGCCGGGGCAGCCGUUGCCGAAGGCCCGGCCCGAGCCGUUGUAGCCGUGUACGCCCUGGAGAGAGGAGCCGGGGGGCUGGGGGUCCUCGGGACUGGCGGCAGCCACUUCGCAGAGCAGCGGAUACAGCAGCAGCAACACCAGCAGACAUGCUACGGCCCGGCAGCGGACGAUCCCCAGGUCCUUGCGCUUCAUCAGCAGAGUGAUCUGCAGACGAUGACGCCGACCUCGGCGCCGGCGGCCGUCGCCGCCAGUCCCAACAAUCCCGUGGCCAUGAGUCAACUUGGCACCGUUUACGCCACCAAGAGACGGAGGCGCAACGGCAAGAGCCUGAAGCCACCACAGAAGGACGGCGUGACCAAGUCAAACCCGAGCAAGCGGCAUCGGGAGCGGCUGAACGCAGAACUCGACACCCUGGCCUCACUGCUACCCUUCGAGCAGAACAUCCUGAGUAAGCUCGACCGGCUCAGCAUCCUCAGGCUCAGCGUCAGUUACCUCCGUACCAAGAGCUACUUCCAAGUUGUAAUGCACAAGGACAAGGAGGAGAACUCGCACCACGACUCCCACUACCGAGCUCGAGAACUAGCGGCUUUGGCCGCCUACGACCACCAGCACCUGGACGGUGAAAUGUUCCUGCAGGCACUGAACGGCUUCCUGCUCAUUCUGACCUGCGACGGGGAGGUGUUCUUCGCCACUCACAGCAUCGAAAGUUACCUUGGCUUCCACCAGUCGGACAUUGUGCACCAAAGUGUGUACGAGCUCGUGCACAGUGAAGACCGGGAGGAGCUCCAGCGCCAGCUCAUGUGGAACUCCUUUUUACCGGCGGAGAGCGCCAGCCUUCCCCUUCACGAGGUGCUCUCGCCCUUGCACGGCCACCUCCUGGAGAGGAGCUUUACUGUACGCUUCCGUUGCCUUCUCGAUAACACCUCGGGGUUUCUCCGGCUAGAUAUCAGGGGUCGCGUUAAAGUGCUACACGGGCAGAACCGCAAGACGGAGGAACCACCUUUGGCGCUGUUUGCCCUUUGCACACCGUUCGGGCCACCCUCUCUCCUGGAAGUGCCGCAAAAGGAAGUCAUGUUCAAGAGCAAGCACAAACUCGAUCUAGCUCUCGUGUCCAUGGACCAGCGGGGCAAGAUGCUCCUCGGCUAUUCAGAUUCCGAACUCGCAAACCUCGGCGGCUACGACCUCGUUCACUACGACGAUCUGGCCUACGUCGCAAGUGCUCACCAAGAGUUACUCAAGACUGGAGCUUCCGGUAUGAUUGCGUACAGGUACCAGACGAAGGACGGUGGCUGGCAGUGGUUGCAGACAAGCUCGAGGCUCGUUUAUAAAAACUCCAAGCCAGACUUCGUUAUAAGCACGCAUCGACCUCUCAUGGAAGAGGAGGGCCGCGACCUAUUGGGGAAGCGCACGAUGGACUUCAAGGUGAGCUACUUGGAUGCCGGUCUCACGAACAGCUACUUCUCGGACAGCGAUAGUCUCGGUGGGAGCCAGCAAUCACCCCAGCCGCAAGCGCAGCGGGUGAACCGCCGCUACAAAACGCAGCUGCGCGACUUCCUGUCGACGUGUCGCAGUAAACGCGCCAGUAAACUCGGAGCAGCUCAGUCGGCGCAGCCCUCACCCCUCUCGCCGGUUGCGGUACCCGCGACCGCGGCGACGGGCCCCGUCGGUGUCGCUCCCGUGGAGUAUCUCGCGACGGACAGCAGUGCCGCCGCCGCGGCAGUGGUUGCCGCGGCGGCCUACGGCAACCUCAACAGCAUGUAUCCUGGGGCUUCUUACGCACCCUCGUCCAGCGCCGACCCGGCACUCAGCCCCUAUAUUGGCCACACCGGCACUUACCACCACCAAACCCUCUACCCCACCACAGCACUCGAUAACAGGUACCUGACGGCGACGGAGAAUCUCUUCCAAUACCGACCGCUCGGCUCGUACUACCCAGAAUACCAUACGUCAACGAGCUACAACGGCUUCAUCGACGUCUCUUUGCCGCCAACAUACGAGAGUCACCAGCAGCUGGCUGCAACGGCUGACUCACCCAAGUACGGCUACGCGACGGACGGGCGCUCAAGCUACGCUGUAAGCAGCCCGGUGCUGCAGAACGCAGAGGCAGCGGUGGUGAUUGCACGGACCGGAAGCCGGCACUCCCUCGAGGUUGCCUCGGCCUCCUCAAACUCCGCCGGUAGCUCUCCCGCCACUGCUCCCAAUGGCGUACUCACGCCAAAGCUCGAGGACGUGAAGCCAGACGUGUAUGGCAACGAACCGCUACGUCAGACGGUUCUCAUGUGGGGCGCCCCGCCCUCGAGGACGCCACCGAGAAACAACGGCAGCUACAGCCCACCUGCA